UUCAUAAUUGUGCGAAUGAUGGUUUAAUAUUUUUUUAAUUAAAAUAAAAUCUGCUUAAGAUAAACUUGAGCGGAAUUUAAGAACACAAGUAAUUUUUAAAAGAAAUACCAAUUAAUUUUCAAUGUACUCACAAAUAGUUUUAACGAGACAAUGGUCGAGAUUAGUACAUAUUUGCCGAACUAUGGCGACCCUAGAAGGUCAAAAAGUUCCUCAAAGCAGUUCCGCGAGUGAUGGCAUUUCACCACCACCUAGGAUCCACAGAGGACCGACAGACAUCCUGCAAGCACUUGCUGCUACAGUCGGACCUGAUCCAACUGCAGCACAUUACAAAUAUCAUGAUGACCCAUAUUUGAUUCCUCUCUCUAACUUCCGUAAGAGGUCAUAUGCACUAUCAGCAGAAGCGGGUAGGAAAGCUGCAGCUUGGAUAAGAGAUGAACAUGCUGAUCUAUUUUCAAUGAGAGAGUGGGACCCACCAGGCAAGAAGAAGACUCCUCACUUUAAUGCAGAUCCCCACAUUGAUGCUUUUGCUCCUAAACCUAUAUACAAUGAUGAAAGUAAGGUAACUGAAGAAGACUUCAAAUAUACAUUAAAAAAUGCACUAGUUGAAGAUGCAAAAAAAGUUUUUGAACUACUCGGUGGAGUAAAUGCUCUGAGUGAGGAAAUGAAAAUAGAAUUCCUACAAUUGCUUUGUUUCUAUAAUGAAAAGGAACCACUAGCAAUGGAAUGGUUGGAAGAGAGAUGGUUUGCUGCCAAGACAAGGGAUAGACAUUCUGCUACGUGGAAGUUGGGUGGCCUUGCUGACAGUAUUUUUACUUCUAUGGAAUCAAAGACUCCGGAAGCUUACUGUGCUAUAAUUCAAGGAAUGGCAAAAUAUUAUCAAGCAGAAAGAGCCCAUGCAUUAGCUCAGGAAGCGAUGGAAAAAGGUAUUCCGCUCUCAACCAGUGUCUUCAAUUCACUGAUAAGUUGUGUUGGAUUCCUAAAAGAGGGGACUACAUUAAGAAUUGAGGCGUUGAAAACACUAUUGACUCAAAUGAAUGAACAGGGUUUAUCACCAGACCAAGGAACACUUAGCUCGUGUCUGAGGUCGAUAUCAGCAUGGGGUGGUGGCCAUAUGCUGCAGCAGGUCGCUCUGCAAGUUGUUGCAGAGUUCAGUAACAUCGGCCUUCAACCAGGACUUUCAGCUUAUUAUUAUUUACUAUGCUUGUUCUGCAAAGAACGUGGCCCUCAAAUUGAUAUUCUAACAACAAUCCUUAAUGAUUUGGAGAAAAGGGAAAAUUUGGAGCCUCAGGACGCGACCGAUACAAAUUUCUUUAUUACAGCAAUGGGAGUGUGUAGUGAUCAUUUACAGGACAUCACCUUAGCGGAGAGGCUGCACAAGCUUCUGAUGAAAGACGACAACUACAAGCUGGUGGGCGACGCAUACAAAGAGAGCAUUUACUAUAGACACUACAUUACUGUAUCUUGCAGACAUGCUCCAUUCGAAAAGACUCUUGAACUACUUGAUACAUUAGUCCCCAAUGUAUAUGUUCCAGAACCAAGUGUUAUGGAAGAGAUAAUAAAACGUCUGGAAGUUGGUGGUGCGGGAGAGCGACUGGCGCAGGCGUGGUCUCAACUCGUGGUGUUUGGUCACGCCAAUCGUGUGCGUCUUGUCGAGAGGCUGCUGGACGCCUUCUGCAACUGCUACCACUAUCAAGAUGAUGACAUAAAAGCGAAGAUACGUUUCGCCGCCGGCGAUAUACUUAAGUUUGGUCAAAUAGCUGAAGAAAAGGAGGAAAUGAAUGAAAUGAGAUCACCAGUACAAAAGUUAUCAGCGACGGCGAUGUGUAACAUAAUAGAGUUGUGCUCCGACGUGGCGGAUAAGGCGGACGAGGGUUGGGAGCGAGUUGUGCAGGCGCUGGAGCGGCUGCGAGGCGAGCAAGCGGCCGGCGUGCCCGCUCGCCCGCAAGUACUCGCUCAAGUCGCACACAGAGCGGCCACUGUCGGCAGACCGACUAUAGCUGCCGCGGCAGUUGGUUACCUGUCUGAGUGCGGGUUUGAGGAAGCUAUGUCUGCCAGUGUGGCGACACUGAGCGUGAUGCUGAACAGGUCUGAGGAGGAGGUGAAGACGCUGCUGGAGGACAGGAGCAAGCUGAGCGGUCUGCACCCCACAGCGCUGGCAGUCGCUGAGGCUUACCACGAAGUGAAGUCUGGCUCGUCUCUGCAUCAAUCUGACUCCUCUACGAGUUCGGAGAGUGACAGUGAAACAUCCGAUGAUGAUUGUUAGUAUACCUAGUGAUUAUUGUAUCUGUAGUAUUAAAUAUU